AUGGCUGCACGUGAGGAUGAAUAUGUGUACAGAAUCAGCACAGCCAAGGAGUGGGAACAGUUGCAGAGCUCUGGGUCCAGUUUCUGUGGAGAGCUUGACAAGACUUCUGGGUUCAUUCAUCUUAGCAAACUCAAUCAGGUACAGUUGACAUUGCAGAAUUUUUUCCUGAAUACUAAGGUGGAUCUUUACUUGCUUCAAGUUGACACCAAAAAGCUGGGCGAAGGAUUAAUAUAUGAAGUUGUUGAUGGUUCCAAUAGCUUCCCUCAUUUCUACGGUCCAUCUCGAAGUUUCAGCCCCCUUCCUCUUGACGCUGUUACAAAAGCAGAGAAGCUGUCUCUGUCGGAUGGCCGAUUCAGUUGUAGUAUGCUGGAAUCAGCCGCUUAA